CUUUUCCCACACUCUCUUUUCUGCAUUCUUCGUCCUGAACCCUAGUCACUCACUUGCCAUUUUUCCAUAUCAAACAUGCGUUUCACCACUGCUCUUGUUCUUGCGGCGACUGCCGUCACCGGCGCCGUCGCCCAGGACUCCUUUGUCUUGGGUUUCAACUCGGGCGCUACCGACGACAAGGGCAACCCAAAGACUCAGGCCGACUUCGAGAAGGAGUUCAAGACCGCCCAGAACCUCAAUGGCGCGCCCGGAAAGUUUAACACUAUCCGUCUCUACUCCAACGUGCAGGCGGGUACCACCGAUACCCCUAUUGCCGCUUUCCCAGCUGCCAUUGCCACAAACUCCAAGCUGCUCCUUGGUGUCUGGGCCUCGGGUACCGACAACAUCGACAAUGAGCUCAAGGCCCUGGCCUCCGCCGUCGAGCAGUACGGCACCAAGCUCACCGACCUCAUUGUCGGCCUCUCCAUCGGUAGCGAGGAUCUCUACCGUGUCUCGGAGGCCGGUAUCAUGAGCAAGGCCGGUGUUGGCAACAACGCCGAGAAUAUUGUCCAGUUCAUCAAGGACGCCCGUCAGAAGCUCCAGGGCACCCCCCUGAGCGGCGUCAAGAUUACCCACGUCGACACCUGGACCGCCUGGGUCAACGAAUCCAACAAGGCCGUCAUUGACGAGAUUGACUUCCUUUCCGUCAACGCCUUUCCCUUCUACGAGGUCGAGCACGCCAACGAUGUCAAGAACGGCGGCAAGCUUCUGGCUAGUGCCAUCGAGGCCACCGAAGGUGUUGCAGCUGGCAAGGACGUCUGGAUCACCGAAACCGGUUGGGCAUACACCGGUCCUGACUUUGGCGCCGCCAAGGCCACCGUUGACAACCUCGAGUACUACUGGAAGAACGUCGGUUGCGCUCUCUUCAACAAGAGGAACGUCUUCUGGUACACUCUCCGUGACGCCAACCCAGCCAACCAGGUCAAGUUUGCCAUCACCGACAACCUGUCCACCACAGCCCGUUUCGACCUCACCUGCGACAAGGAUGUGACCCUUCCUUCUGCCUCGGCCGGCAACACCACUCAAACCAACGGUACCUCCUCCACUGGCCACUCUUCCAGCGGCAAUUCGACCAGCAGCAACUCGACCAGCAGCACUGGAAGCGGCAACGGCACCAGCACCUCUGGUGGAAGCAGCAGCGGCGGCGCCAACGGUGGCAGCAGCGGUAGCGGAAGCAGCAGCGGCGGCGCCGCCAACGGUGCCAAGCCAUCAUCGCCCCCUGAGAGCAACAGCGCCAGCUCCAUCUCCCUUGUCAACGCCAUGGCCAUGGGUCUCUCCGCCGUCUUUGCCGCUGCCGCUUGGGCUUUAAUGCAGGCUCCGAUUGGUGGUUUGUCACGUGUUCGGGUGGGGGGACUCGGGGCGGUGCAGGGCGUAAGUUAUCGAGAUGGAAGGGGCCAAUCAAGUGGGUGGGUGGGUAGGACGCCUUAA